UUGGUCAUAUUACGUCAGAGCAAUCGGAUAUUGAAGCUCACACUGCAGGUAAGAGGCAAAAAUGCGCCACAAUAUCUCGAGAAAGGAACCCUGCUCUCAAAGAAGUAUCGCCUUGAAAAAAUGAUCGGCGGUGGAGGAUUUGGUCAGAUCUACAGAGCUAUAGAUAUAGAAAUGGGCACAGUCGUGGCAGCAAAAGUGGAACCACAGUCGGAGGACGCUGGCCGUAUGGUGCUUGAGCAAAUGGUGCUUACGAAACUCGUCGGUACACGGCAUUCGCCAAGAUUGUAUGCUUCGGGAUGGAUGAAUAACUACAACUUCAUCGUUAUGCAAAUGUUGGGAAGAAAUCUCACUGAACUGCGAAAAGCACAGGCAGAUCGCCGCUUCAGUGUGCAUACGGUACAAGGAAUGACGCGACAAUUCCGUCUUCCCAACGGUGAAUUUCGUAAGGAACGUGCUUACGCUGCAUUCAGAGGCACUAUGCGUUAUGUGUCCUUGUCGGUGCAUGAACGGAAAGAACAGGGUCCCCGUGACGAUCUCUGGAGCAUCUACUACACACUAAUUGAGUUGGCUGAAGGCUCAUUACCAUGGCGUACUAUCACCGAUCAUGACGAGAUAUUUCAGUUGAAGAGGCGCAUGACGAAAUGUUAUCAUUUGUCGCCAUGGGGUCACGCAGCAUCUGAAGGGGCAAUCCAUAACCCGUACCGAUACCCAACGGCAGAUAUUUGCAGACACCUUCCACGUCAUUUUGAAAUGUUCCCGAUUUUGCUUCGUGAUCUCUGCUACACUUCAAUUCCUGACUACAGCAAGCUCGUUCUGGCGCUGAGGCGAUGCUGCAAACUGGUCGACGAUGAAGCUGACUUCGAAUGGGACGACGAAAAUUCGUCGAUUUCCAACUAA